UGUUUAGCCUGAUUAAGUUUAGUAUUACUUACUAAGCGGUACCCUGGGGAGGGAGACAAUCCGUACCAUGUUCCUCGAGUCUAUGCCAUUUGGUGUCACUAAUGUAGCCGUGGUAUUUGGAUCCAUUUGUCCGUAUAUGGUGUGCAAGAAUCUCAAAAUGACAUUGAUCAUCAUUUCUGAAUUUUUUCGGUAUCCUUUCCUAUGGCAUGCGUAACUUUUAAAGAUUUCCUGGUUAAAAGACAAAAUCAUUAUGCUUGAGGUAACAUGAACUUUGAAUUUUUCAUCGAAGUUUGUUAGUCGUCUCUGUUAAACUUUUGAACAAAUUCUACCAAAGUUGGCGAAAAAAGCAUCCUUGAGUAAAUAGGAUUCACAUUUGUUCAAAUGUAGGGACAUCUUUCAAAGAAAGAUAAUUGUGAUGACACGUUUAACUAAUCUUCUCACGAACCUAAAAUGAAGGAAAAUAGUGUUAUGAAACUCAAGUGUACAAUGUGUCAAAUUAAUACACAAGCAUCCUAAUAAAGAGUAGAUUCAAGUCUGUUCACACCGUGAACUAUUCCUUUAAUCUUUUUUCAAGAACCACAAGAGUACAAUGUGUCAUAAUGUAAUAAGUUUUCCAAAUAUGGUCAACGAUACCAAAUACAUUAUUUGACUAAGACUUGAUAAUAUAGCCACUUUCGUCUGACGUUAACAAAAUGUCAAGGAUGACAAUAGUCGCCUUUGUUUAAUGUCAUGAUUCGUGCAUUUUAGGAAAAUUGUAAUGAUGGGUUUGUAACAGCAUUUCGCAAAUUUCAUGGUCGUUAUAAUGAUCUAGUUGCCAAUACAACAUGUCUUUGAGUCCAGUGCUGCCUGAAGUGUUUCAUACCGAUUGUUAGGCCGUUCUUGGUGCACUAAUUUUGACUACGGAUUACUCCAUUUACCUGAUCAAGAUAUAGGGCUCGUGGCGGGUGUGACCGGUCGAAAGGGGGUGUUUAUUCCUCCUAGACACCUGAUCCCACCCCUGGUAUAUCCAGGGGUCUUUGUUUUGUAUUCCUUAUAGAAGUCAUGAGAUUGAUCACUGUUCGUUAUUUUCACCUUUCUAAAUGCAAAGCGUUUAGCAAAGGAACAAUCAUAUUCGCAUUGGAUUUAACACGGUCAAAGCAAGAGCGAUAUUCGAACCCAAGACCUCUCCAUCACGAAUCGAGCACUCUUACCACUGAAUCGCCGCGACAGGGUAUAUUGAAUCCUUCUCAUAAACACAUAAACCCAGAAUCCACUCUUUUUUAAUAUACUCGUUCAGUUCAUACUAUCUAUUCAAGGCGGGUUCGAGUCUAACAAAGUAUUGCGCUGGAAAAAGUCCCAUUUAUGAUCAACAAGUACAAUAUUUGGAUUAUCGAUGAAUAUGUAUUGCGUAAAAGUAAUCAGACUGAAGAUAUACUGAAACGAAAAGCUGAUCUUUUUCUUAGAAACGACAAAAAAAAUCCUAUUCCAACGCCCGCGGCCUUCUCAGUCUAUACAUUGAUUGAUUGAAUAUCGUCCCACUCGAGAAUUUUUAAUUGAUAUGGAGACGUUCGACUGUACAUUAUUAUUAGUACAUUUUACGAAUGAAUUCAAUCUUCACGAAAACUCAGUGGUCCGAAGACGGAGGCCAGUAAAUUCUAAGGUCGGGUCAGUGAAAAUCAAGAAGUCCGAUGGACCUGGAGAUUUUUUAGAAGUCGUACACACAAAACCAAUGUAUAUAGAUAAUUAAACUGUCUUAGUUGCGUAAAUAUGCCGUCAGAAUAGAAAUAAAUAAAACUAAAAGUAUUAAAGCGUUGGAACAUAAAAUAGUUUGGUUGUUUAUUAGGUAUACCUAUACGUGUAACUGUCAAGGUAGCUCGUACGAUAAUUGCGCGAAUACCCAGUGAAAAACGUAUUGAGAGGUAAACAAAAUGAAAUUAAACUACAGAGACGAUGCUAUGUCUGGUAAAGCAGUAAAAAGGCUGGCUAAAACGGUUGAAGUGAGAGCGGCAAAGAAAAUUUAUGAUAAGGAAAAGCGCGUAAGAAAAUUCCAGAUUGAAUGGACAGAAGAUAGACCGUGGUUGAUAUUUGAUAUUAGUGAAAAUCGCAUAUUCUGUGAAUGGUGCAAAAAUGCAAGUGAUCAACGACAAGAUAAUAAACUCUCAGAUAUAGUAUUUGUCAAAGGUACAGACAAUUUCAAGUUGGAUGUAAUUCGUCAACACGAAACCAGUAAGUGGUACACAUACUAUGCUCCAAAACACAGUGAUCAAAAAACCCCAGCUGAAAAAUCCAUGAAAACAUUAAGACAAGCUGAAUACAACAAACGUCAAGUGAAAUUUAGAACUUCACAUGCGAUAGCGAAACACCAAAAAAGUUUAUCAGAUUACUCUUUCAUUUGUAAUCAAUAUAAAGCAAAGGGAUUAGAAGUAGGAGACAAAUACAUAAAUGACAAAGCUUGCAGGGAGUUUGUGCGAGUUAUAGCAGAAGUGGAGAGAUAAAAGGCGAAACAGAAACUAGUACAAUCAGACUUUUUCAGUUUUACUUGUGUUGGCUCCACUGAUUUUACAGGCGAGGAAUUGGAGAACUUUUAUAUCCAUGCUGUCAUCAAUUCCAAGGUUGAGGAUUGCUUUUUGCACAUUGGAAGUCCAGAAUCGUCUUGUUCUCAUGAUAUUUUUGAUUAUUUGCAAAUGGUGUUUGACCUAUUCUGAAAACAAAAUUAGUGAGAUUUUGUGCUGAUGGUGCCUCCAACAUGCAAGGUGAAGUAAUAGGAUAAUCAUAUGAUAUUUUGAGUAUGCAUAAAGUUUGCUACUAGUAAAGUAACAUGUUAUGAUAGACUUAAAUGUAUUGUGGUUUGCAUACUUUGUAUAGGCUCUAGGUAAAUGAACAAUUUCUAAUAGUUUUGUUUUAGGCAGGAGAAAUUGGUCGGCAGCGAAGAUGCUAGAAUUAUCACACAAUAUUACUCACUGUGUUGCUCAUCUUGAGCUAAGUUUUAAGGAUGCCAUCAAAAGGGCCUACCAAAAGCUGUAUGACAGGACAAUUACUCUACUUUUAAGAAUAUUAUUUCUAUAGAAAAAGCCCAAAGCAGAAGAAAGCUCUGAGAAGGUCUUUUGAGUCACUUGGCAUGAAGCAAAUUUUGCCAUUUAGGAGGAUAGGAGGCACACGAUGUUACCUCACUGUCACAUUUAAAGUCCAAACUGCUUUCCGUUCGUCCAUUACCAAAUCUGUGUUCAGGUAAAUAGAUAAAUUUUAUCUCCAACUUUCACCCAUACGUUUAAAUCAGGUUUGAAAUUGCCGACUAAGCAAGGUCUAUUUUUAAAUCCUAGUAUUCGAACUGGUUUUCGGUGUUUGCUUUAGUCAGUUUGGGCGUAGCAGGCACGAGUAACGGACGUCAAAAGUAAAUCGAAAUUUUUAACAUUGUAAGGUAUUCAGUUUGUCAUAUUGCUUCAGACGGGUUCCACUAUAGCACUUCUGAGGUAAGCUUAUAUACUUCAUUAUUGAUAUUAAUUUCAUUUCAGUUUAUUUAUAAAACUUCCAAAUUUCUUCACUUGCAGUUUAUUGUUGACUCUGUUGUGUAAAGUUGGUUUCAAGUUUGCAUAUUGUUAAUUUUGCAAGUACUGUGUAUAGUUUUAAGUAUAGAGUAUGUGUAAAACUCUCAAGAGUACACAAGUAAAGUGACGAGUAUUAGUAACAAUGUGAAAAAACAUUGUCAAUUAUCAUACCAGUAUGUGUAUUGUGUAGUCAGUAAAGUACAUGCACAAGUACAUGUAUAUAUUGAGUAUUGAGUAAUAACAUAUGAAGUAAUUAGUAGAGUAAAAGUACAUAUAUGAAUAUAUACAGUGUAUCGUAGUUGUAGUACAAAAAAUGUACAGUGUAGUAGUGAUGCGUACACAUGCGCACUAGAUUAUCGUACAUGUGCAAUGUGAGAUGGCAAUAUGUAUAUUUGAAACGUGCAAUUUGAUUUUAUAGAUCCUUUAAAUUGGCCACAAAUUAAAAGAAAUCAAAGGAGAAGUAGGAAGUAAGAGUGGGAGCCAGAGGAAACGUAUUAGAAUUCCAAACGGAGCCACCAUUCCAAGUGGACCCAGUGUAGUUAUUGAAACAACCGCAGUGUCAUUACAGUGACAAUCACAAGACUGAGUUUUAAUUAUAUUUCAUUUAUUUUUGUAAUAAUUAGUAACAAAAUUGAUGUAAAAAUAAUAAAGAUGUAAAGUGUACCAUUAUCUGUUAUAUUUCCUGACAACAAAACGUGACACUCACAUGGAAAGGGCCCUAUAUGCGUUUUUUUCAAAAGCUACAAAGCAAUUCGGCUUCAGCUUGAGAAUGCAUCCAACGAUUGUCCAAAAGCAGAGUGUCGCAAAACUGAUGUGUGAUGGAAAUCUUCUUUCAUUCCUUCUUGUACUGAAGGUACCGUAGUAGUUGCACUCUUACAAUUUCCCCAAAAGUUAAACUUAUAUUGUUUACAAAGAAAUACAAAUAUAUAAAACACAUACAUGUUUGUUACUAAAAAUGUCACUAUUUUUAGGGGAUAAUCUCUACUAUAAUGAAGUUGUCUCUUUCCCUACAAAUGAAAGAACUUUCCUUAUCCGAUGCAAUGAUACGAGUUGAUGCUACCAAAACAAUUUUGUAGACACCUUCGUUAAUUUGGAGAAAAUGAUAUAAAGGUACUAUUAGAUCAGUUCGAGGGAUAGAUAGAGUGCCAAAAGAGAUUCCUGCAGAAUGGAUAAUUUUAAAGACUACAGUCCACAAGAGCUAGUUAGCAAAGUUCUAGAGUGGGAGGAGCUGCACAAUACUUGUGGGGAAGAGUUGUCGAAUCUAUUUGCUUUGAUUUCCCUCAUAAAAGAUCUUCCGUCAACUUCAGUCAGGAAUGAAACUACCUUCUCUACAAUGAAACUCGCCAAAGGGAAGAGGAGAGCACAUCUUAACAAUGAGACACUGGACGAUCUUCUGAUGAUUAAUCUAGAGUCAUCUAAAGGUGAUCAGUAUGGCCAUGACGUUGUCAUCACCAAAUGGAUGUGCACAAAGGGGAAAAGAAGGCUAAAUUACAAAAGAGCACAGACACACACUCCAGAUAUUCAGGCUACCACUCCUGAAAUGAACAGUCCUCAGGUUCUGCUCCCUGAUGUUGAUGCUCCAAUUUCACCUGAACUUGUUGCAGACACAGAUAUGGAUGCAGAUGUGGAUUAUGACACUGAUAGUGAUGUUGAACAGACUGAGCGAGAAAAUGAUUCUUUACUGAAUAUUAUCACGGAAUAUGAAUAUGAGUUAGAGUAACUCAACUGUAAAUAUUCAUAUCCAAGAAUGUGUCAGAAAAGACAAUGAUUAAGUCCUUUAAGCAUUAUAUUUUGUUUUUAUGCAAUGCUUUCCAUGAUAUACAUAAAUUAUGAAAAUUUUGGGGGCCCGUAAAUAUCACUGGGGGACAGUAAAUUCUGACAGUUUUCAUGAAGACUGCGAAUGGCAAUGUGCAUACUGAAUUAAUCGACCGGUAUUAUUUAUUAUUCAUGCAUGUUAUUAUUUAUUGAUAAUGGUAUCAUGUACCUGUAUUAUUUAUUAUUCAUGCAUAUUAUUAUGUAUUCAUUUGGUAAUGAAACGAAUAUUUUUCCUUCAUACAGGAAUAUUUGUUCGUGAUUUAUUGUUUUUGUUCUGGGUGAUGUAGAUCAAGCUAA